UGAGUAAAGAGGAGGGGGGCGGGGCUUUCCUGCUCAAAGUGAACACAUCGGCCAUUGAGGAUAAGUUGAAGACAUUAGAGCUAAAAGGCAGCUAGUCCGGAACAAGACAAUCCCCUAAUAAUUAUUACUAAAAUAUCGUUACCUGCCGGACCUUCAUGCUCUGUUCCAGCGGGGACGCUUGAGUCUGUCGGCGGGUGAGCUGCUCCAGGUGUCGGGCCACCGAGAGUGGAGAAAAUGCCAUCUUUUUCAUGGAGGGUUUGGCCUGCACUUGUGUUGCUUCUCCUCCCUUCCCCUGUGGCUGCAGAGGAGGCAUCACUACUGGAAGGCUGGCACGAUGUGUGGCUCUUCCGCUUCCUCGUCAACGUGCUAGGAUACUCCACCAUCAUCAUCCCUGGCUACUUCCUCAUUAGCUACUUCAAGCGCACCAAUUACUUAGAAACAGGUAGCGGGAUUUGCUUCCCUCUCAUUAAGACCUGCGUGUUUGGCAGUGAGGCUAAAACAGGUCUGUUGGAUGACGUGUCGGUAACACCCAGGAACGAGGCUGAUUCAGGCUCGUCGGUGAAACAGGUCGUCAAAUUAAUCUUUUGUGCGGCUGGGCUUCAGGUAUCGUACCUGACAUGGGGCGUCCUGCAGGAGAGGGUGAUGACGCGCUCGUACGGAUCCACGACUCCAGAAGAGGCGGGCGAGAAGUUCAAAGACUCUCAGUUCUUGGUGUUCAUGAACCGGAUCCUGGCUCUGACCGUGUCCGGGCUGUGGUGCCUGAUGUUCAAGCAGCCUCGCCACGGAGCGCCCAUGUACAAAUACUCCUUCGCCUCGCUCUCUAACAUCAUGAGCAGCUGGUGCCAGUACGAGGCCCUGAAGUACAUCAGCUUCCCCACGCAAGUCCUGGCCAAGGCCUCCAAGGUCAUUCCGGUCAUGCUCAUGGGGAAGAUCGUCUCCCACAAGAGCUACGAGUACUGGGAGUACUUCACGGCCGUGCUGAUCUCGCUGGGCGUCAGCAUGUUCCUGCUGUCGAGCACGCCCAGCAAGCAACUGUCCACCGUCACCACCUUCAGCGGGAUCGUCAUCCUCAUCGGCUACAUCGUGUUCGACAGCUUCACCUCCAACUGGCAGGACAACCUGUUCAAGUACAAGAUGUCGUCGGUGCAGAUGAUGUUCGGGGUGAACCUGUUCUCCUGCCUGUUCACCGUGGGCUCUCUGCUGGAGCAGGGGGCCUUCUUCGACUCGGUGGCCUUCAUGACGCGCCACUCGGAGUUCGCCUUUCACGCCGUGUUGCUGUCCGUGUGCUCGGCGUGCGGCCAACUCUUCAUCUUCUACACCAUCAGCCAUUUUGGUGCCGCGGUCUUCACCAUCAUCAUGACCCUGCGACAGGCCAUCGCCAUUCUGCUCUCGUGUUUCCUCUACGGUCACGCAGUCACCAUAAUAGGUGGAUUUGGUGUUGGGGUAGUUUUCUUGGCACUUUUCUUACGGGUGUACGCACGUAGCCGCAUGAAGUCAGGCCGGAGGUUAGCGGCGCCGCUCGGACAGAAGGUGUAGCACUCGAGUCUCGCGAAAAUGGGAACUGAGACCACGUUUUCUGUGGUGCUUUUUUGGUCUAUUUGUGUGUAUCUAUUGUUUUUUUUUAAAUGUUCUUUUCCAUGAGGUUUUUGUUUUUCUUAGCAAUGGUACAGAAAGGGAUUCUGCAGUGUUGACUCUUACACCAAGUUGACCCCCAGGGGUCCAUGUGAUUUGUCAGGUCAGCAGUCACAGAAGUUUUGAGUGCCUGUAAGAUUGUCUUAUACACGAGUCCCAGACCAUGAACUUUGCAAACUGCCUCUUCACCUCUUUCACUCUUAAACAGUAGAAUAUUUUUCCAAAAACACCGUUCGUGGCUUGUGCAGCCGAUUACAGGUCACUGUGACCCUGAAAAUGUAUGAGCUGUCUGGCUAAGCAUUAUGUUAUAAGCGGUUAUUAUGUUGGUUUCAAUCUGCAACUUCAAUGCAGGGUGCCACUAAAUCCUCUUAAUCCUACACUCUGAUCCUUUUAAACUUUAUCCCAAGUAUUUGAACACAUAUUAUCUGUUGAGUUAUCUUUCAGUCACAAUAGCCAGAUGCUUAUCUCACAGUCCUCCAUGUUGGAGAGCAGGGGCCUUUAUGUGUCUUAAUGAGGGAUUUUAUCUUGUAAAGCUGCAAACAGCCGGAAACAUCAUUUUAAGGUUUAUUAACAUGUUCCACAUGCUACCAGCUUUAAGAGAAGGUGUUGAACAACAGUUAAUGAAGAGCGCACGACUUACAAACGGUUUCCUUUUACCCCGACAUCGCUGAACCAGAUGCUGCUGUGGGUACUUUUUUGCACGGCAUUAUUUUAAGACUUUCUUUGUUGUUGUCUCGACACAGAUCUUACUUUAUGUUUUAACUUGGAGCUAAUAAGUCUUGUAAAUAUAUAUCAUCGUUUAUUUCCAACUUGUCUGUUGUGUACUUUUGUAAAAGGACUGCUUCAUGUGUUUUCACCGUUGCAUAUGAAUGUUCGGAAGAAUGAUGAUGAUGAUGAUGAUGAUGAUGAUGGUCGUUUCCAUCAUAAGGAUGUGAAGAUAAUGUCGGCCCAGGAAGGAAUUUGGAAGAACAGAAAAGCUUACAAAGGAAAUGCAAUGUUACUGGUACCUUGUUUUUAUCAUUCUACUUUUUCCUCUGGUAACUGGAUUAAUAAUAAAAACAUAUUAAAUUAACUUAA